AUGACGAAUACUCAGAUGGACACUCGGUUGACGAAUACUCGGAUGACAGAUACUCUGAUGACGAAUACUCCUAGCUUCAAUGCGCCUAACUUGGUUCAGACUUUCGAAUACUUUUCUGAAAUUCAACAGUUUAAAGUUGAAGGUAAUCAAUUUAUUCAAGAAAAACUUAAUAUCAUUUCGGAGGAGAGAAAAAAUUUUCAAGAUUUUGCCGAACAAUCAAUAACUCAUAGUCUUGUAAUGAGAAAUCAUGCUAGCGAUUUGAUUACAUUUGCUGAGUGUUGUGAAGAUGAUAGCAUUAGUGAUAUUGAGCUGUUGGACUUGUUAAGAGCAUGUUUGGAUCAAGCCAAGUUAAAUAAGGAGAAAUCCGUAUCAUUAAAGGACCAACUUGUAAGAAUUAAAACUAGCUUGGGAAUUGUCGUCAAAGAAAUUGUUGAACAAAACGAUAAUAUUAUGGAAGAACAAGAGAAUUUAUCUAAAAAAAUUAGUCAAGCAAAUAAAGUAAAAGAAGGUGCAAUAUCAGUUUCAAAACGUAGUGUAAUGGCAGCCGGAUUGGGGACCUUUGCUGCAGUUGCGGCAGCUCCGUUCACAGGUGGGGCAUCGUUGAUUGCGGAAAUUCUUGUUGCGCUUGGUGCGGCUACGGUCGUUGGAAGUGCAGCCACGGCUACAGUUUCUACUACUGUUGCUGGAGUUUCUUCAUUUCGCAGCACCGUUCUAAAUUCAAAUUAUAAAUUAAAAAAUACUCUACCAGAAAUGAAAAAUUGUCUUGGUAAUAUUGACAUGACCAUAUCGCAAUAUGAAUCUUAUUGGGAAAGUCAAAUUGUCGAAAUUGAUGAUAUUAUCAAUAAAUUGAAACGUAAUAAAGAUGGUAGACGAAUGGUAAAAACUAUCGCCAGGACCAUUUCAGAUAAAGCGAAAACGAUUCAUAGAGAUUCUAAUGAUUAUAGUGUUGUUAUGCGAGAUGCUGUGAAUGCUGAUAGGUUUGGUAGGAAUUUGCGUAAUUAA